UUGAGUUUCAGUUUGUGUUAUUUUUGUUUUUUUGUUUCUAAAUUAUAAAUUGUAUAAGACGUUGAAUAAGUUAUGCAGCAGCAAAAGUUUGAGUCAGCGUCGAAUUUAGAAACGCUGUUGAAUAAAUUUAUAGGUCAAGGUGAUGGCACAAAGGCAAAAGAUGAAACUGAAGCGGAAGCGGAAACGAAAGCGCAAGAGACGCUGCUGCAGGAGUUUAAUGCAAAGCGGCGAGAUGAGCUCGAGCCAGAGCCAGAGCCAGACAUAAGAUUGACGCCGAGCAAUAUUACGCUGCGUGCCGAUGAGCAUCAACAGGAGCUGCAAAUUAUUGAUGCACAGAUCAGGCUAAGGGCGCACACCCUGCGACGCUUCGAUGAGAUCAGCCAGCAGCUGCAGCAGCAGCACAGCUGGAGCAGCGAGGCGCGCAUGCUGCUGUUUGCCGCAGCAGCAGACAGCGAUAGCUAUCGCAGCAGUCUGGUGCCUGUGCCGCCGCUGUUCAUGGGCAACAGCUACUAUGAUAUUGAGGGAGUGCGCAGAAUUGUGUCCAGCUGGCCAAGCUGCGCCACAUUGCAGCAAAAGCUGCGCGCACAUGGCCGGCUCAAGAGUCUGGCAGCGGAGGCAAGCAGCAUUGAGCUGCUGCACUGGGUGCUGGUGCGGCAGACGCAGCCCAAGCUGCGACAGCUGCACGUUACACAGCUGCGACGCAUAUGCAAUAAGCUGCAGCUAAAGCCGCCGCCGCCGCUGCCACGCCCACAGCAGCUGCUGGUGGUCAUAAGUCAUGCGCAACGCUCGAAGGCGCAUGGCCACAGCGCAUGGCAGCAUCUCUAUCUGGCCUGUCCGCUGCACUUGCUCUAUCGCUUGCUGGCCACAGGCGAUGUGGACGCGCAAGCUGCGCCACAGCUGCGUCUCUAUGCAUUGCCCGAGCUGGCGCUGGCACAAGCUGCACAGUUGCAAGCACAGCCCAGCAGCUGGGCGCACUCACGCUUUGGCCGCUCGCUGCGCUGUCUGCUCAUCUGUCAGCUGCAGCAGAGCAAGCAAGCAACGGAGCCAGCUCCAAGCGAAUUCCUAAUAAGCGAUGCCAGCAAUCUACGUGCGCUCUAUUUGCUGUUCUAUGAUAAUGAAAAUGCGCUGCAAUCUGCUGCUGCUGCGUAUCCCAACAACAUUUACGCCAGCAGCAGCAGCAACAUCAACGAACAGCAGCAGCAGCAGCAGCCGCCCCUAUGUGGCUUCUGCAUUGUUGCACACUGGCUCUUGGGACGCUUGAAGCAGCUGCUCUGGCGACGCCCAAUUGCAGUAUUUUGACCUUAACUAUUUUGUAAAUUAUCAGUGGCUAUUGCAAUAAAUAGAAAAUUUCACUUUA